AGGAUGACCACCGUUUCUCACUCGAGUCCAGGCUUUGGAGCAGUCCGGGUUCAUUUCCGCUCGGUUCACACAGAAAACAACUCGUAACUUUUCUGCAGCGAAGGCCGCCGCCGACGCCAUGUCCAACAACAAUGCCAGCAACAACCUAAUAAUCGCCCAGAGGGCCGUGAAGCAGCUCCGGUUAGAGGCCAGUAUCCGGAGGAUCAAGGUAUCCCAGGCUGCUGCUGAGCUGAGAAACUUCUGUCUGCAAAAUGCCUCCAAGGACCCUCUCCUGGUCGGGGUCCCCUCCAGUGAUAAUCCCUUCAGACCCCCUAAGUCCUGCUCCCUGUUCUGAGAAGGAAGCGUGGAGGGCUUUCUUCACUUCUACGCCACGUCUCUGUAGAUCCACCAGCUCCCCUUGGGAUGAUGCAACGCGGGAAUGAUGGAUGGGGUGGGGGGGGGGGGGGG